AAAACAGGGAUGAGUUAUCAGUAGAAAUAAAUUCAACAAACGAACGGUUAUUUAUGAAACAUCCGAUCAAGCGCCACUACCUUCGCGAGAUGCAGUUCACUUUUUUUUAGUUCAUCUUUGCACAAAGAUCAGUGAAGUUUCCUUCAGAAUCAAAAUGCCACUCGACGAGAUUGGAACCAGAAGCUCCGUUUUUCUGGCCACUGGAGUUGGUUUGGCCUCAGCCACCGGUUAUGGACUUUACAAAUAUCUAGCAAACUACUGGGACAAUCAACCGCCUCAAAAAUGGCGCCAGGUGGGCGAACUAGCCGAUCUCUACAUCUACCCGAUCAAGUCCUGCGGAGCAAUCCGCGUUACCCACAUGGAUUGCACCAUCAUUGGCCCAAAGCUCGGUCUGCUGCGAGAUCGCAUCUUCAUGGUGACCAGAACCGACGGGACUUACAUCUGCGCCAGAACCUUUCCCAAACUGCUGCUCAUUCAGCCCUCGUUUAACGAGCAGUUCGAGCAGAUGACCCUGUCCGCCCCGGGAAUGCCGGACAUAACCGUGCCCGUUAACGAUCUGUUCUCCGUGGACCCCGUCAAGGCCUGGGUCUGGGGUCAGCCCGUAACGGCGACCGACUGCAGCGAAGAGCUGGCCCGUUGGAUAUCGCGAUUCGUGCUGAACGAAGAGUCCGGCUUGCGGUUGGUAUUCUACCCGUUGGAUAUUCCGACGAGGCCGGUUCGCGAGAGGCAGCAUGUCAAGCUGACGGCCCGGGACACCGGAGCGUUGCACAACUCGACCAGCUUCAUGCUGCUGACGGAGGCUUCCGUCGGGGAUUUGAACCGGCGGCUGCAGAAGCCCGUUACGGCGCAGCAGUUUAGGCCGAACUUUGUCGUGAAGGGACCGGGCGCGUUCGAGGAGGACGACUGGAAGUGGAUCAAGAUUGGGGAGACGGUGUACCGGAACGUUAAGCCGUGUAACAGAUGCUCUGUCAUCACUGUCGACCCAGAAACGGGAGUUCGAAGCAACGAAAAUGAACCAAUGAAAACGCUGAAAACGUAUCGAAUGAAGCCGGGUCUUGAAACUCCAGUAAUGGGUAUGCAGAUGGGUAUCCGGAUUGAAGGGACUGUCCAGGUCGGAGAUGCAGUUUACGUUGGAUACUGAGAAAUAUUUAAAUGUUUAAUAAAGUUUUAAUGGGAAAUCUUA